GGCAGCAGGGUGAUGUCACUCCACUACUAGACAUUGUGAUGUGGGCUGCUCUUACCAGUCAGUUCUACUGGUGUGGAUGAAAGCUGAAGCACUCUUCCCCGACACACAUAGCUGCAGGGAACAUAUGACUGGCAAUAUGCAAUUGACACAGCAGUGUUAUUCUGACAUGUCUGCUAUGGAUGUACAUGUAAAGCCACGUGAGACCACAGAACAAGAUGUAUGCUUGAAUGAUAUAUUUGUAACUUCCUCACAAAACAAAGAAGAUAUGGUGCAUGAGCAGUCAGCUACAAAUCCUGCACCUUUUGACCCUGAAAAUGAAGGUCAACAUGGGGAUAAAAAAAAAGUUGAAGCGGACAUUGCUCAUUGUGACGGCAAUUCUUCAAAUCCUGACACUUCUGGCCUGAUGCUGUGGACAACACAAAGAGACAGUGAUGUGCAGUUGCGCAUGGAAGAAUCUGGCGUGGCCUGUCUUCCUCCAGUAACAAUUAAUCAGAUGUUUGAAGAGGCUGUUAAGAAAUAUGGGGAUUAUGUUGCCCUUGCAUCCAAAGAGGGAGACCAGUGGAUCAAACUGACAUACAAACAAUACCAUGAGCAGUGUAGACUGGCUGCUAAAGGAUUCAUAAAGUUAGGUUUGGAGCGAUACCAUGGAGUGGGUAUUCUGGGUUUCAACUCUGCUGAGUGGUUCAUUGCCGAUAUAGCAGCUAUACUUGCUGGAGGAUUUGCUGUGGGCAUCUACACCACAAACUCUGCAGAUGCAUGUCAUUAUGUGGCGGAAAACUGUGAGGCUAAUAUAUUGGUAGUAGAAAAUCGCAAGCAGCUUCAAAAAAUUUUACAGAUUCAGGACCAGUUGCCUCAUUUGAAAGCAAUUAUACAGUACAAAGAUGAAAUAAAAGAGAAACAACCCAACAUAUAUACAUGGGCAGAAUUCAUGGAGCUGGGAAAAGAUGUCCCAGAUGUUCAGCUGGACCAAAUAAUUUCAUACCAGAAGCCUAACCAGUGCUGCACUCUGAUUUACACCUCUGGAACCACUGGACAGCCGAAGGGUGUAAUGCUAAGCCAUGACAAUAUCAGUUGGACAGCCACAGCAGCUGGAAGGGCAGUUCGUCUCAGAGAGGCUACUGACCAACAAGAAAUAGUAGUUAGUUACUUGCCCCUUAGUCAUGUUGCAGCGCAGAUGAUAGACAUCUGGUUGACGAUGAAGUAUGGUGGAGCCACUUAUUUUGCUAUGCCAGAUGCUUUGAAGGGGUCAUUGGUAAACACCUUAAAAGAAGUAAGACCGACCGCAUUUAUGGGUGUUCCUAGGGUAUGGGAGAAAAUGCAGGAGAAAAUGAAAUCCGUUGCAACCAAAUCUUCAACCAUCAGACGCAAGGUGGCUUCUUGGGCAAAAGGUGUAGGCUUAGAAACAAACUUAAAGAGAAUGAAUGGAGUAUCUCCACAACCAGUGAAGUAUUAUAUGGCCAAAAAAAUGGUUUUUAAGAAGGUCCGCAAAGCUCUCGGCUUGGACCGCUGUACAAAAUGCUACACUGGAGCUGCUCCCAUUACAAAGGAUACUCUGGAAUUUUUCCUCAGCCUCAAUAUCCCUGUAUAUGAACUUUAUGGAAUGAGUGAAAGUUCCGGUCCACACACUAUUUCCCUGCCUGAUGCAUUCAGAAUUACCAGUUGUGGAAGAGUAAUAUCUGGUUGCAAAACAAAAAUCUACCAGCCAGACGGUGAUGGCAGUGGAGAAAUAUUAUUCUGGGGCCGACAUGUGUUUAUGGGUUACCUAAACAUGGAGGUCAAAACAAAGGAAUCCAUAGAUGAAGAGGGAUGGCUGCAUUCAGGAGACAUUGGAAAACAUGAUGACAAAGGAUUCUUGUUCAUCACUGGUAGAAUUAAAGAGCUCAUUAUUACAGCAGGAGGUGAAAAUAUCCCUCCUGUGCCCAUUGAGGAUGCCAUGAAGGAACACCUACCGAUAAUCAGUAAUGUCAUGGUAAUAGGAGACAAGAGAAAAUUUCUUUCCAUGCUGCUGACCUUAAAGUGCAAUGUAAACUUUGACACUGGGGAACCAGAAGAUGAACUGACUACAGAAGCCAUAGAGUUUUGCCAGAAACUUGGCAGUAAAGCUACUAAAGUGUCUGACAUAGUAGGAUGCAAAGACAAGCUGGUGUAUGCUGCUAUUCAGGAAAGUGUAAAUGCAGUAAAUGAGAAGUCCACAUCAAAUGCACAAAAAGUCCAGAAGUGGCUGCUUCUGGAUAAGGAUUUUUCUAUUGCUGGAGGAGAACUAGGCCCCACCAUGAAACUGAAGAGACCAGUAGUUUCCAAAAUGUACAAAGACCAAAUCGAUAACUUUUAUCUGGAUGCUGUGACGCCUACUGAUGCUGUCAUCCCAUCAAAAAUGCAAGGAAAGUGGAACAGAUGAACAAGCAAUAUUUUCAGGGACAGCCAUACAAAAUCAUAUGCUUAAUUGAAUGUCUCCCCAUUUAGAUACAUUUUUGGGUAUUAUACAUGUUAUCGGUCAGUUUGAUAACUGGUAUAUAAGAGGUGUGCCCCCAGGCUUUAUGGUAAAUAAAAAAUACCUCACUGGACGCACCCAGGGAAGGGUUUUAUUGAA